AUGGAAUCAGUAACAACGAGAGUGAAUUUGUUGGGCGACCCGACUAACCAUCGGCGCCACCCAGUAUCCGGGCUGGAUGGUGUGAAAUUGGCAACCGAAGCUUCCCCUGGGGUAAAUCGACAGGCCUCAGAAGGAGGAGAUACUACUGUCGGUACUGCAGCUUCUAAAAGCGAGAAAACCUCUAUACGAUUGAGUCAUCGUAUUGGCGCUUGGAACGUCCGAGGUCUGCUGGAGGCGGGUAAGCUGACAAUCGUGGAAAAGGAAAUGGAAUCUCAUGACAUCUCCAUACUAGGCAUCAGUGAAACUCACAUGCGUGGUAAUGGCCACUUCACCACUGUGACAGGGAACACCAUGUACUUCUCAGGCUGUGAAGAUUCAAGUUUGAGUGGAGUCGGAAUCAUAUUGCCGCCACACUUAAACAAAUAUGUCCUCGGUUAUAAUCCGGUGUCUGAUAGAAUCUUGACAAUGAAACUGAAUACUAAUCCAUGUGUGCUGAAUGUAAUACAGAUAUACGCACCGACGGCACAAGCUCAGGAUGAGUUAAUUGUGGACUUCUAUGGAAAACUGGAGGAAAUACUGAAUUCUAUACCUAGUCGGGAAAUUAAGAUAAUUCUUGGUGAUUGGAAUGCCAAAGUUGGCAGUACACUGGAUGAUAAUCAUAUCAGGAGCACAGUUGGAAAAUUUGGACUUGGCAUUAGGAAUGAACGGGGUGAAAAACUGAUCGAGUUCUGCAUUGAAAGAAAUCUCAGUAUUAUGAACACGUACUUCCAACAUCAUCCAAGACGCUUGUACACGUGGAGAUCUCCAGGCGACAGGUACAGAAAUCAAAUCGACUACAUCAUUCUAGAUGGCCGCUGGAGAUCCUCAGUAUCUAACGUGAAGACCUUUCCCGGCGCAGAGUGCGGCUCCGACCAUAACCUGCUCGUAGCUAACUUCUCGCUGCGUUUAAAGGCGCCCAGACGUCAACCACCAAAACCCAAUAGUUUGGAUCCUUCCGAACAACCAAUCUUCCGAGAGGCAUUAGAGGCGAUCUUGAAGGAUUCUCCAGCACACAUUCACGCUAACGCUGAUACACAGUGGAAACACUUGAAAGGUCAUAUCAACGAUGCGCUGGACCAGAUCGCUAAAAAGAAAAAGCCAGAACCGAAGAAAAAAUGCUGGAUCUCCGAUCAUUCGUGGGAGCUUAUUCAACGCAGAAAAGACUUAAAAACUAGCGGUUUGCAAGAUGGUGCAAAAGUUAAAUACUCCGAACUUAGCAGAGCUAUUCGGGUCAGUUGUCGCCUUGACAAGAACCACUUUGUUGAGGGUAUUUGCCGUGACAUUGAGCGUUUCUCGAACAAGUUGCAGACUGCAGACCUUUUUAAGAAAGUUAGAGUCCUUUCCAGGCAGUUCAAGGCUAAAUCGUGGGUCAUAAGAGAUGCCGACGGAACUGUACUACACGAGUUCGACCGCAUUGCCGAGAGAUGGCGGGCAUACUGUGAGCAAUUGUAUACAGAUUCCCACUCGACAUCCGGGAUUAAUCCUGAAUGGAAGGAUCUAGAACUGGAACCCAUGAUUUUACCUUCCGAAAUAUCCACCGCACUGGAAUCUCUUAAGAAGAAUAAGGCUCCUGGAAGCGAUCGGAUUACAGCGGAGGUGCUUUAUGCUAUGGGUGACUUGGGUGUUAUGACUCUAUAUAAGAUCUGCUCACAUAUAUGGCAACACGGUGAUUGGCCGCGGGAUUGGUUGGAAUCCAUUAUUCUUCCGCUACACAAGAAAGGAUCAACCAAGAAUUGCGACAAUUAUCGAACCUUGUCUCUCAUCUCACAUGCAAGUAAAAUCUUGCUUCACAUCCUCAACAACCGCAUCCGUUACUACCUUGAUUGGCAAAUUCCGCAAGAGCAAGCGGGUUUCGUGAAGGGCAAGGGUACUCGUGCACAGAUUCUCAACAUCAGGCAGAUUGUUGAGAAAGCAUAUGAGUUUGACACGCCAGUGAUAAUGUGUUUCGUCGACUAUAGCAAGGCGUUCGACUGUGUCAACUGGAGUUGUUUAUGGAAGGUUCUACAAGAACUUGGGGUACCAAAUCAUCUCAUCGCCUUACUUCGCAACUUGUAUGGCUCAAGUCAGGCAGUCGUAAGAGUCGAUAGAACAACCUCGAAACCUUUUAAAUUUCACAAAGGAGUACGCCAAGGUUGUAUUUUAUCGCCCAUUCUUUUCAACGCCUAUGGGGAGCACAUAAUGAGACGGACCUGCGAGAAUUGGGACGGUGGCAUUACAGUUGGUGGCGUGAAAAUCACCAACCUUCGAUACGCCGAUGAUACUACUCUUCUUGCAGCGAAUGAGUCGGAAAUGGUUGCGCUUCUGGACCGAAUGGAGCGGAUAAGCAAGGAGAUGGGACUUUCCAUAAACAGGUCCAAAACCAAAGUCAUGGUGGUGGAUAGGUCUGGAAAAUUGGAACUCACUGGCGCAUUAGACCUAGAAAUAGUGGACAAUUUUAACUACCUGGGCUCCAACAUUAGUAACAAUGGCUCGUGCGAGAAGGAAGUGCGCCGAAGAAUUGGUAUGGCUAAGAGUGCCAUGACUCAGCUCGGAAAAAUCUGGAGAGAUCGCAACAUAUCCGUAAAGACCAAAACCAAACUGAGUAUGGCUGGAGGUGGAGGAUCACCUCACCCAGAAGUAUGCCAAAAACCGGGUAAAGUGGAGGAGGAGAAGGUGGAGGAGUAG